ACAGUUUGGCAAUAAUGAUAUCAUAAAGUAUGGAUAGCAGAUAAGUUAUAUCAUUAUUAGUAAUUGUUUUCCAGUUAUAAGGCAUAUCAGAAAAUAUAAACAAUGAUUAAUCGUGUUAACCGGUUCUUAAAUGUAUAUGAAAAUUUUUCGUGGAAUACCAAAGGGAAAACGUUUUUAGGAAAUGGGCGAAAAAUACAGAAGAAAAUUUACGUUUUGAGGGUCAAAAUACGUAUAAUGACUUUCCUCGUCUCGAAUGAAUAAAUUAGGUGAAAUCGUCAUCUUUCUCUCCGUUUUGUUUCAAACUUCACAAGCGUUACAACCAUUCAAUCGAAUUUCUGUAUAGGAAAUAUCAUAUACUACGGGAACAAUAUUACUCAUCUCAAUUUCCUUAGUCAAUAUAACCAGUUAUUCACGUGAUCUCGGUUAUAAAAGCAAAAAAAUUCAAGAUAUUAAUUUAAUAGUAAAAUGAAGAGUGAUCAAAAAUGUUGUCUCAAGAAAGUGGAAUGCUUGAAGCAGAAUUGGAUAUCCGUUUUAAUAAUUGUAACAACAAUUUCCGGAUUCGCUCUUGGCCUGGUUUUCCGUCAGUUUAACUUAAACGAGCAAGAAAAGCAAUUAAUCGGUUUUCCGGGAAUGUUAGUGAUUAGAGCUUUUCGCAUGAUCAUUUUGCCCAUGCUUCCUUGCAGUAUUAUUUUAGGUAUCACUUCUUUGGGUAAAUCGGAAAAUAGAAAAUUAAUUUCUUACACCGUUUUGUUCAUCGUUUUACUCUCGCUCUUUGCUAGUAUUUUGGGAUUAACUUUAGCUCAUCUUCUUAAGCCCGGAGAAAAAGCUCUGGAUAAACCAAAAAGUCGAGUGGAAGAUGCUGGAAAGAAAAGUCAGAUCUUAGAUUCCUUCUUGGAUAUGCUGAGGUUUGUCAUAUUUCUCUGA